GUCAGGAUGUUCCGCAGUUCCAGGAGGCGCCGGUCCCAGGGAGCGGAGAUCAAUGUCACAGGCCAGGGUCAGCCAUGUUACUCCUGCAAGGACCGCUGUCCGGGAUUUCUGGCACACAGGUGGCGGAAGAUCUGCCAGCACUGUCAGUGCCGUUGGGAGGAACAUGGCAGCGCGGCGCCUCUGCACGACCUGGAGCGUUCUCUGUGCCAUCUGGUUGGCGCACAACGGAUGUCGUCGGGCGAAAGCAGCUCGGAUACGGCUUCCGACAAAUACACCUGGGCACCGCCUGGGCUGACACCGGAGCAGGUACACCAGUAUUUCAGAUGUCUGCCAGAAGACAAGGUCCCCUAUCUUCAGAGCCCAGGAGAGAGGUACCGACUGAGGCAACUUCUCCACCAACUACCCCCACACGACAGCGAGACCCAGCGCUGCUGUUUGUUCUACACUAGGCCCAGUUCCGCUGUUAGUUGUAAGCCGGUCCUGUCCCAGGCCCGGUACUGCUGCUCUUUGCAGGGAGAGGAAGAGGAGGAGCUGCUAACGCUAUUCAGUCGAAAACGGAAACUAGAGAACCUGGGUCGCGGAGCUGCACGUCCGGUCGCCAGAAGCACGAACGGGACGGUAUGCAAUAAGUGUGGUCACCAGAUCAGUGGCGGCGAUGUGGCAAUAUUUGCAUCCAGAGCGGGCCUGGGCUCCUGCUGGCAUCCUCAGUGCUUCACGUGCGCCCGCUGCUCAGAGCUCCUGUGUGACCUCCUCUACUUCUACCAAGACGGGCAAGUGUACUGCGGCCGCCACCACGCUGAACUUCAACGGCCGCGCUGCUCGGCGUGCGAUGAGGUGAUCUUCUCGUUGGAGUGCACUCAGGCUGAGGGCUACCACUGGCACACCAGACACUUCUGCUGCUUCGAGUGCGAAUGCGCCCUGGUAGGACAGCGCCACAUAAUGAAAGAGCGUCGGCUGUACUGCUGCCCGUGCUACGAGAGGCUGUUCUCCCAGUACUGUGACAGCUGCGGCGAAAGCAUCAGUGUGGACGAAGGUCAGCUAUCACACGGAGCACAGCACUGGCACGCGACGGAUCGCUGCUUUUGCUGCGGAAGGUGCGGAAAGUCUCUUCUCGGUAAACCCUUCCUGCCCCGUCACGGCCAAAUCUAUUGCUCCCGGGCCUGCAGCUUAGCCCGGGCAAGCAGCGAGCGUUCCAUCAGCCAAACGGAAUCAGAUGUGUCUCCGCGUAAAGAGACGAGAGAUAUCGGCACUUCUACAAACACGGACCCGGAAGGUGACAGCUUCGGGGAGAGAAGAAUGGGAGGGGGAAGGAGAUCUGUGUCCAUGAUUGAUCAGUCUCGGACGCCACAGACGUGCCAUUCGCACAUGCCACCCGUAAGGUCCAUACACUCCAGCCUGAGAGGGCCGCCACCUCAGUUCACCCGUGAGUCGGCCCAAAGACGCUCUCUACCUGACCUCAGAAGUCAAACCCGGACAGGUCCCCGGGUCACUUUCAGUAUACCUCUCAGUACUGAACUCAAAGAACCUAUAAGGUUUACCUACCCAUCAUUCACUUCCUCAUCCUCCUCCUCCUCUUCAGACGAUGAAGAAGAUGGAUACUUUUUAGGAGAACCCAUCCCUUUACCUGCUUUCAUGAGGCCUCCAGGAUCCCAUGCACCUCCAGUUCCUGCCCCUUCACCAAAGAAGAAAGACAAAAACUGCAGCCUGUCCUGACACAAAAAUAUUAAGAGUUCCUCCAUUUUAGUUGUGUUCUUCCAUGGCAGUGUUGAAUC